UCGGCUAAGCUAGCGUUAGCUCGGCUAGCUAGCUGUUAUUGUUUUUCACGGGGAGCUAAAAUGGAGGAGCUGCCUGCGUGCUUCUCCACCACUCCCGAGUCCGUGCGCGAGGCGCCGCCAUUGAAACGUCUCCGCUUCCGCGCAGCUAAGCUAGGUGACCGUUGACUUGAGCGGGGGCCGCCUGCCGCGGUUGCACGAUGAACAGCCAUGAGCAUGAGAGCCUCCUUGGGUCCAGCGUCGGGAUCCAAGCAGACCGCUGACGCCGUCCGCAGAUCAUUCUCGGGCGCCGCCGCUUUGCACCCCGCUAGCCUCAAGAGGGAGUCCUGCGGCGUUGACUUGAAUGCCCAGCACUUCCAGCGGGCCGAGACCCCCAGCAAGUUGGAGCAGACGUACAUGAGCGGCAAAGUCUCGCAAGUACUUCAAGCGGACAGCGAAACUGUGGGGAUACUGUCCCCUGUCAGACCAAUGGGGGGUGAGGGAACCCCGGUGAAAGGUAAGCCCCUCUCCCUCGACAACAUGGAAAACCCUCACAUGGCUUUGAACAACGCCCCCAAGGACGGCGAGGGGGGCGAGAGCGUCAAGGGAGUCGUCCCCGACGUCCUCGGCUCCGCGUCCAUCGAAGUCUCGUCCGAGGGCAAGUGGAAGAACAUCAGGAAGAGCCCGGCCAAUCCGCACACGCAGGCCAACUGUCUCCGGCAGAUUCUGCUGCUGCAGCUGGACCUCAUCGAGCAGCAGCAGCAGCAGCUCCAGUCCAAGGACAAGGAGAUAGAUGAGCUCAAGGCCGACAAGGAGACGUUGCUGGCACGUAUCGAGCGCAUGGAGCGCCGUUUGCAGCUCACCAGGAAGGACCCGCCUCGCGACAAGCGGCUUUUCCAGCCGCUGGAGCCGUGGACCCCCGACAAGGAGGACAUGUGGGACCUGGACAUCGAGGAGAGUCCCCAACCCAAUCCAUCCGCUCUGCUGCCUCUAAGUCGGAGCAGCAAAGGCCAAAAGAGGAAGUCCUGCUUUGGCGAUCCCAAGCUGCAGAAGUCGCGUGGAAAGAGCGCCAAGCUCAGCCCCCAGAAGCUGGACAGUCAGCCGGCGUCGCCGGCACAGCGAGAGCUCCGCAGCAAGGAGACGCCCGAGAAGAGCGCCCCUGCCAGGCCGACGUGCAAAGAGGAGGCGGAGCUGAGCUGUCAGAUGGACGACCUGCCCUUCAUGUCCACCACCGAGAUGUACCUGUGCUGCUGGAACCAACCCCCUCUGUCCCCUCUGCGGGAGGCGUCUCCCAAGAAGGAGGAAGAGGUGGCCAAUUCCCAAUCCAUGAUGAACUUCCUUUUCCCGUCUUCGUGCCGCCUCUCAGUUCCAUCGUGGAGGGAAAACAUCAUGGAGCCGCUGGAUGAGGAUUUAGCCUUUAACCCCCAAGAGCCGCUGGAUGACGGCGUGUUUCUGAAGCGUCACGCCAAGUUGGAGCUGGGCGAGAAGAGGAGGAAGAGGUGGGACAUCCAACGCAUCAGAGAGCAACGCAUGUUCCAGCGUUUGCAGCAGCGCAUGAACAAGAAGAAGAUCAUCCAGGAGACGGAGCCCGAGCUUUCGUCCUUCUACCCGGACACGGAAGAUGUCGAAGCCAUCAUGAUCACCCCCUUCUUGCCCGUGGUCGCGUUUGGCCGACCGCUGCCCAGGCUCUCACAGCAGAACUUUGAGCUGCCUUGGCUGGACGACCGCAGCCGAUGUCGCAUCGAGGUUCCCAAGAAACACACUCCUCACCGGACCUGUCGCAAGUGAAUGUUUCCGAGCGGAGACGCUCCCGAGGCCAGGUCAUCUUUUGCCGUGUGUGUAACUACUGUUGCUUUCUGUGCGGAAGAGAACCACCCCUCUCCAGGCUCAGCAUAAAACAAGGUGACUCCUGCAGGAAGCCGUGCGUCACGUGACCCGGUAGCUCCAGUCAAGGUUCUCGUCAACUCCCGCCCGCUCUGCUUCUGGUGAAGAAAUGUCCACAUCUUGACUGUGUUGCUGUUUAUCACUCGUCACUGUGCUGUGUGGCACCAUCGCACUCGGCAUGAGCCAAAAUCAAUCCAUCAAAUAGACGGGUCCUCAUCUCGGCCGGGAGGCCUCGCUUUUCUGUUCUUUUGCUUUUACAUGUGAGGUGCAUGGAUUCUAUUUAGCUGUAAAACAACGGUAGCAUGGCUUAGCCCUUAACGGAGCAUCCUCUCUGCUUGUCAGGCAAAAACAAAACAAAAAAAAAUACUACACGGUUUACUGUACUUGGCAGCAUGAUUAUUGGCUGCGGUGUCCGCGUUCGGCCUUGUUAGCACAUCCGGUGAAGAUGAGGCGAGUCGUUUGUAUGCGGCGACCUUCAGGAGCAGUCAGCCGACACCCGCCGAGGUCCACUUUUAGAAGAAAAGCAAAGUUCCUAGCUUGUAGUCCUAACAACACGCUGCCGGUUGUUUGCUUAAUGACCCCGUUUCUUGAUGCAGCGGCUGUCUGCGGCUUCACUAUAGCGUACAAGUGCAUCCAUGUUGGCAACGUCUGCAAACACGUCGGGUUGCUUUGUUUUUUCUGUACAUAGUUCUCAAGUACAAAUGUACAUAAAACAUGCCUGUUAUUUUUUUAUUAUUUAAUGUUGAAAGUGUUGAGUACAUUCAAUAUCCAAUGAUUGUAUGUUGACACAUUGAAAGUUUUGGAAACUACAUUUUUUUGGAAUAAAAAUGACCAUCUCUAUGCUUUAUGCA